AGCACAGGUUUCACACUCUGAGCUUUCACACUGCAAACCUAAACAUUUAUCCAAGAUGAGCAACAGUUCUCUUCUCGUGAAUGUGGAGAACUGGAUCACGGAGAACCAGAAUGCUUUUCUGCCACCGGUGUGCAACAAGCUCAUGCACUUUUCUCAGUUACUCAUCAUGUUUGUCGGCGGGCCGAACACCAGGAAGGAUUAUCACAUCGAGGAAGGAGAAGAGCUGUUCUACCAGCUGAAGGGAGACAUGUGUCUGAAGGUGAUCGAAAAUGGAAAACACAAGGAUGUGCACAUCAAAGAAGGAGAGAUGUUUCUGCUCCCUGCUCGGAUUCCCCACUCCCCCCAGAGGCAGGCCAACACGGUGGGGCUGGUGGUGGAGAGGAGGCGCCUGCGGACCGAGACCGACUGCCUGAGAUACUUUGUGGACAACACCACUGACACCCUGUUUGAAAGAUGGUUCUACUGUCAGAAUCUCGGAACCCAGCUGGUGCCAAUAAUCAAAGAGUUCAUGGCUUCAGAGCAGUCGAAAACAGGAAAACCCGAUCCGAAUGACGUUUUCAGAGAUCCUCCGUUCCAGCUGAACACCAUGAACGUCAUGUCGCCCUUCUCCUUCAAAGACUGGCUGGAGAAACACCGGCCGUCCCUGAGCAGUGGAAAGCCGAUCGACAUGUUUGGAGCUCAGUUUGAGACUGAGGUAAUUGUUUUUGGACCUGGACUGACCGACACGACAGUGCGACAGAGCGAUGUUUGGAUUUGGCAGCUGGAGGGAUCCUCUAAAGUCAUUCAGACUGAGAAGGAGUUCACUCUUUCUGCAGGAGGCAGUUUGCUCAUACCUGAGCACAGCCAAUACCAGUGGAAGAGAGACAAUGGGACUGUUGCCUUGUGCGUGAUUCAAAACCCAGAGCGCAAGAGACCUUAAGCAUGAAUCUACCUAUUCAAGCUGCACGCUUGUAAAUGUAAUAUACAUGUUGUAAAUGCCAUGUGAUUUCCACCGAUCAGUGUUAGCUAUGUCUCAGAUCUUCAUAUUGGUGCAUAUACACAGGAGCUGUUACCUUUUUUCUGAAACCAGUUUGUCUUACUUUAGAAUGAAUUUCUUCAGUUUUCUGGAACAAAGAAAACAAUCAUGUUUAUGAAAUGCUGUUAUCCAGAUAUAAAGGCACAGAGCUGCUUGUAGCUGAAAAAAAGCUGAAUUGUGCUUCAAUCAUUUUGUUUUUGAGUCUGACGGUAAAAAAAAGACAUUUAUCUACCUGAAAUCAGGCUGAUAUCAGCAUUAGAAAGGUCCAUCCAGGUUCAUCUGCUGCUGACAGAAGCUUGUGUCAGUUAAUGCAGGUGAAACCGGAGCUUAUUGACAGUACUGAGAGCUUCGCUUUCACGGUCCUGGAAGUUUGAAACCUCGAGGCAAACAUUUAUCAAAA